GAACAGAAGGUUAGGUGUGAUUGCGUUUGUGUUGUUUGGGGUUUGGGUGUGAUAGAAAGAGAACAUGGACUUAACGGAGUUAUGGGCACUUUUCGGCCCCGGCGUCGCAGGAGCUGUGUUCGGUGCCGGGUGGUGGAUCUGGCUUGACGCCGUCGUGUGCAGCUCCGUCACCGUUCCCUUCCUUCACUACCUACCCGGAAUUUUCGCUUCCCUCGCGGCUUUGAUGUUCAAUUGCGUUAGGAAAGAAGACAUUGAUUAUUCUCCGUACGACGAAGGCGAGUGGAGACUGAAGCUGUGGCUCUUUAUUGCCUAUGUUGUAUCCUUUGUUUCUUUAGCUGGAUCAGCAGGUCUACUGAUCCAAGAUUCAAUUGAUAAAUCUGGCCCUUCAGUGUGGGCUGGAGUUGCAGGCGUUUUGCAGUGUGUUUUUGUGUUGAUCAGUGGACUGGUUUAUUGGACUUGUCAUCCUGAAUAAGGCGAACCUAGAUAUGACUUGGAGCUUCAUAUUUUACCGGGUUAUGUCUACCCAUGUAUCGUCUUGUUUAUUAAGUGAUGGGAAAUAGCUGGCUUCAUGUAAAUCAGUAAAUGUAAAAAAUUAUGAUAACAAUCUUGAACCUCUGGGUAGAUUAAUAUUGCAUUUUAUACAUGGUUGAUCAAGAUCUGUUACCCAAAGUGAUUUCAGUCGCUUGGUGUUGGUAUCCACGAAGAAUAAUUUAUUUAUUUAUCCUAA